CGAAGGCAUGUUAUUGGGUCAAUGUCAAUGCACUUAAUUUGUGCUACCUAAACAACUGCGAGAUCGCUGGGCGCGCCUGCCGCGAAGAAACAAAGCCACUGCCUGCCUGUCCGGUCCAGCUUCGGACUCUCUUCCUUUCCCAUUUAAACCACUCUUUCCUUCGCCUACAAUUACCCUGCCCUGCUUUUAUUCGAAUGUGAAUCAUUGAAUUGGUGCCUUUGACAAUUCAUUUCGCAACAUGCCGCUCUUCAAAGAAGCUCCUCCAAAGGUCCUCGUGCCCGAGAAGCUCUCGGCCGAUGGUCUAGCUCUACUACGGGACUCCCUCGAUGUCGACGAGCGGAAGGGUCUGACUCCGGAGCAGCUCCUGGAGAUAAUUCCGAACUACGAUGCCCUCCUCAUUCGUUCUGAGACCAAAGUCACUGCGACCGUGCUGCAGGCAGCUCGGCGCCUAAAGGUGGUUGCUCGUGCUGGUGUUGGGGUAGACAAUGUUGACGUUGAAGAGGCCACCAAGCUGGGAAUCGUCGUGGUCAAUUCACCUUCUGGCAACAUUGGAGCUGCGGCUGAGCAUACCAUUGCGUUGAUGAUGUCGAUGGCACGAAAGAUUCCCGAAGGCUGCGCCAGCCUCAAAGAUGGAAAAUGGGAGCGAAGCAAGUUUGUCGGCGUCGAAGUCAAGGGGAAAGUUUUGGGAAUCAUUGGACUUGGAAAAGUGGGCUUGACAGUAGCUCGUCUGGCCAAGGGCCUCAGUAUGACCGUCCAUGCGUUAGAUCCUUAUGCGUCGCCAGCUGUGGCAGCUUCGGUCUCUGUGACCCUGGUUACCUCGUUGCCAGAGCUGCUGAAAUCGGCCGAUUUCCUUACGAUCCACACCCCGCUGAUUGCAUCAACUCGCGGAAUGAUCGGCGAAGCAGAAUUGGCCCAGAUGAAGCCAGGCUCUCGCAUCUUGAAUGUCGCUCGCGGUGGCACCAUCGAUGAGGCUGCUCUACUUGCGUCGCUAGAGUCUGGACAUUUGGCCGGCGCAGCCGUUGAUGUCUUUACUUCCGAGCCUCCGAUUGCCGAUUCCACGGCCGCAAAGCUAAUUGCUCAUCCCAGAGCAGUGGUCACUCCACAUCUCGGUGCUUCUACCGUGGAAGCGCAAGAGAAUGUUUCCGUAGACGUAUGUGAGCAAGUGCUGGAUAUUCUGAAGGGAUCGCUGCCUCGGAGUGCCGUCAAUGCGCCUCUCAUUCUCCCCGAAGAGUACCAAAAGCUCCAGCCAUUCGUGCGCCUCGUCGAGAAAAUUGGCAGUCUAUACACUCAACACUACGCGGCGCUUCCUGGGGGAUCUAUGACUCGAAACACAUUCGAUUUAAUCUACCAAGGCGAAGUUGCCAGCAUCAAUAACACAAAGCCACUUUUCGCUGCUCUCAUCAAGGGUCUCCUCGCCCCCAUCAGUGGCUCCGAGGGAAUCAACAUUAACAUCGUGAAUGCCGAACUCGUUGCUCGUGAGCGCGGCAUUUUUGUCAACGAACAGCACUCCCGAGAUCCGGCCGACACCUCGUCGUACUCGUCGCUCGUCACGCUUGUGGCACGUCCGCCAUCUCGAGCUUCAUCUCGUGCACCCGGCCCUAUUGACUCUGCUGCUGGUCCUCAGCUAGCAGCCCAGCGCAUUAUCUCUGGUACUUGCUCUGGUGAUCAACCGCUCAUCACCCGCCUAGGCCGAUUCGAAGCAUCAUUCGAGCCGGAGGGUACCCUUCUUAUCUGCGAGAACUAUGACUCGCCCGGCAAGAUUGGCGUCGUGGGUAGUCUUCUCGGCCAAGAGGGAGUCAACAUCAAUUUCAUGACCGUGUCCCCGGUCUCGCCAAAGUUGGCAACUGGUCAUGACCAGACUGAGAGCAUUAUCUCUAGCAAAGACGGCAGCGCAGAUAUCGGGUCCAAGGAAGAUGUCCCCGGCUCUAAAGAGGCCCUCAUGAUAUUGGGUAUUGAUCGUGGCGUGUCGGCGCAGGUUACAGAGGGCUUGGUGAGGGAGGGCGGUGUUUUGAGUGCCUGUGCUGUUACACUCUAAGGUGUCCUAUGAGUUAUGAGUUUUUGGUGUUUUCGGGGUUUUGCUCAACGUCUCAUUAUGUUCGUUUCGUUAUUGCUACCUUUCAACCAUGGUAGUGCUUUGCUGGAGUGCUGCUAUAAUUACGAUGAUAAUUGACUUUAUGACCUCCUUUUUUCACGAAAGAAGACGGGAUAUCCUUACUCAAUAUGAACGAUUCAACCACCAAAGACAAUGCCAAUCAAGUUGACUUUUUCUCUCCGAUC